AUGAAUAAACAGCGGCCUCAAAACUGUUGGAAAAAGAGAGUAAUAUACUUGACCCCAUUUAUUCUCGGUUGUGUAGUUCACAUAGUGUCUGCGGCAGAAGCGCAACAAGACAAACAAGCAGCAUUCACAACGUCAAUAGAAAAGGGAAACACAGAUGCCUACACGGAUGGUCAAGUACUGUAUCAUGAAGCAUUGAAACAGCUAGAGACAAUCGAGAAGAAAUAUGUAAAUACAACGACACACGAAUCAAAGGACGACAAGAGCAUUACAGAUCGCAUCAUUCACAAGAUUGCCGCUCUGUGGUCAUCGAACACAGACACUGCUGUCAUCAUUCAAUCAUCUGCUGCUAUCAAGGGACAGCAAUCCAAGGAAUUUGAAGCUGCCACUGCGUUGCUCGAGAAAUCAGCCAGAGAAUACGACAACAAGGAUGCUUUGUUAUUGCUGGCCGAACUGAAUUUUUUUUCAAAAUAUGCACAUCCUAGAAACUAUCAAAACGCAUUCACCUACUACAACGAAUUAGCCAGCAAAGGAAACGCAACAGCACAACAAAUGAUUGGCUUCAUUUAUGCGACAGGCAUUGGCAACAUUGUUGAGCGAGAUCAAGCCAAAGCGCUCUUAUACCACACCUUUGCUGCUCACGGCGGUGACACCACAGCAGAAAUGACAAUGGGAUAUCGGUAUCUACUGGGCAUUGGCACCGACGAAAGUUGUGAAGAUGCGCUGUACCACUACAAGAAUGUUGCCAACAAAGUCAUCGAUUACUACCUUUCUGGCCCUCCAGGAGGUCAUACCCCACCUUUAUCCAAGGUGCGACUUUCUGAGGAGCAUGGCGGCGUGUAUGGAUACGGAGCAAGCGUCACUACCGAGAAGCGAUCUCGUCAUCCCGGUGGAUCAGAGAAAUCAGUCAGUAUAGCAGAGAUCUUGCAGUAUUGGCGUUAUUUGGCAGCAAAACAGGACAUGGAUGCACAGCUGAUGCUGGGACAAGUGUAUUACCUGGGUACUCGCAGUAUUCCUCGCAAUUUCAACGAAGCCUACAUGUUUUUCCAUCAGAUUGUGGAUAAAAUAUCACCAGGUGGCAAGAUACCAGUCAAGCACAGUAAAGUCAUUGGGCAAGCGGCUGGCUAUCUCGGGUUGAUGUACUGGCGUGGUGAGGGAGUCAAGGCAGACGAAAAAACAGCGCACAAAUGGUUUCAGCUGGGCGUGGAACUGGGCGAUUCAACAUCACAAAACAACUUGGGCAUGAUGUAUCUGGAUGGCAUUGUGGUCGCUAGAAACAGGGACAAGGCGAUUGAGUACUUUAAGAAGGCUGCAGAUCAGGAGAACCCCAAUGCUCAGGUCAAUUUAGCCAUGGAGUAUGCCCAGUCUGAGGCUAGCAUGCCUCUUGCUAUUCGCUUAUUCACCAAGGCUGCUGAUGCCAAGCAUUUGCUGGCCUAUUGGUAUCUUGCGCACAUGAAUGAACAAGGCAUGACACCAAGGCCUUCAUGUCGAGUCGCAGUAUCAUAUUACAAGGCUAUUGCUGAACGAGGAGAUUGGUUAAACCCUACUGUGGAGGACGCCUAUGCAGCCUAUCUCAAAAACGACAAGGAAGGUGCACUCUUAAACUACAUGUUGGCAGCAGAGAGAGGAUACGAAGUAGCCCAAUCCAAUGUUGCUUAUGUACUGGAUAAUGACAAGAAGAUGCUGGAUCAUUUGCCAUUGAUUGGCACAACAACAUCCCAUAAAGAGGAAGCGUCCAAAGACAUCAUUCAGGGCCUAGAUGAAAAGGAAUCCGCCUUUAUCUACUGGACUCGUUCUGCCAACCAAAACAACGUGGACUCAAGAGUCAAGAUGGGGGAUUACUACUUUAAAGGCAUUGGCACACCUGUCGAUUUUGAAAAGGCCGUAUCCUGCUAUCGAUUAGCAGCUGAAACGCAAGGAUCUCCAUUGGCCUUCUGGAACCUGGGCUGGAUGUAUGAAAGCGGCAUCGGUGUUGCCAAAGAUUUCCAUCUGGCAAAAAGGGCCUAUGAUCAAGCACUGAAUAUAGAUCAAGACGCCUAUCUGCCCGUCAAACUGUCCCUGAUCAAGAUGUAUGCCAAGUACUACUGGGAGUGGAUCACGGGCCAUGAAGUGGGACCUGCGCUUCAAUCAGGCGGCGCGGAUGGAGAUGAAGAGACUGUAGCAAAGAAGAAGAAAGUAGAUUCCCAAAAGCAGUAUGACAUUGGUGAAGAAUUGGAGCGUCAAUACAAGAUGAAAAAGCAAAAGGAGCGUGAAGAGCAAGAGAGAAUGAACGAGGAUGGGCCAUUUACAGGCAGCGAUGACGACUACAAUCCGGAUGAUUACUCUGAAGAAGACGAAUUGUUUGAAAGUCUGUUGAUUUUGUCCUUAUGUUUGCUAGUGGGCUAUCUUGUCUAUGUGCGUCAAUUUCGUUUUGGCGGCAAUUUGAGAAAUAACGGCCUUGCCAACAACCCAAAUGCGAAUAACCCAAACGAGAAUAACAAUCAAUAA